ACACGCAUUAGAUCCGAAUCGAAUAGAAAUUUAUACUUUGUAUUAUUUUCGAUAUUUCUUUUCAGUGAUUCAGACAAUCAGGUAUAUGCUUAUUUUAAUUUUGCGAGAAAAGUGAAACGGAUAAUUUUAAAGAUCGAUCGAUCGUUCGUUACCCAUCUUGAUUUCAUUCUCUUAUUAACACUUGUGACAUUUGACUAAUCAACGUUGGAUUAUAUACUCUUAAACGUGAAAAAGAAAAAAUAAAAGUGUUGCGUUACCGACGUGUUGCAAAAUAAAUAAUAUAUUAAGUGUAACACAGUGCGAACGAUCAGUGUUAAAGAAGAAGAAGAAGAAGAAGAAACAAAAAAGUGAAUCUAACAAAAGUGGUCGUGUGAGAAACGAAGGAACGAACGAACGAACAAUGAAAAUAAUAAUAGAGAAAGUAAUAUAUAAAAAGAGAAAACUAUAUAGGUACAUAUGUACAUAUAUAUAGAUACAUUUUAUUUGAACUGAAAAAAGAAAGAAAAAAAAAAUACAAAAAAGAAAGACAGAGAGAGAGAGACAAAGAAAAGAAAUAUAAAAAUACAAUCGAUAAAAAUGUCAAGCAUGUCGUCUAAGGAAUAAUAAUCGAAAUAUAGAAAAAAAGGAAGAGAGGGGUCAAGAGCACAAAAGGGAGUGGAAUAAUUUUUGUUAAAAAAGAAGAAGAAAGAAAGAAAAAAAAGAAAGAAAGAAAGAAAGAAAGAAAGAAGGAAAAGAAAAGAAAGGAAAGGAAAAGAAAAGAAAAGAAAGGAAAAGAAAAAAAAAAGAAAAGAAACAAAAAUACGGAUCCCUUAGGGAGAGUGCGAAUGGGGAGCGAGGAGGGUAAAGGGGUGGUGUGUACGGAUGCCACCACCUCUUGGCAGCAGUAUUAUACCUGGUGCUCACCCUACUCUCACUCACAUCCCCACCAUCAACAACAUCAACACUUGAAUCAUCCUUAUCAAUAUCAACAACAACAGCAACAGCAGCAACAGCAACAGCAACAGCAAGCUACCAAUGGUGGUAUCAAUGGUAGCGGUAGUGGGCAAUAUAAGCAACACCCCCCAUCUGUUUCCACUAUGAACGCUACAUCCACCCUUUAUCCGGCCUCCCAGCACCAUCAAAUGCAGUUGCAGCCCGCCCAGCAACCACCACCACCACCAACAUCCUUGCACCAACAACACCAGUUCCACCUCCUGCCAGGACAAUGUACCACUAGGAAGGCUGUUCCUUACGAUGGCUCAGGUGACCCCAUGAUAACAUCCUCUCUAAAGGGGAAGCAAGGGAAAGAUGGACCGGAAGAAAAGAAGGAUGCCGACGGAGAGCUUUGGGGCAACGUGGAAGCGCAGGCCGCCUUCCUCGGGCCCAAUUUAUGGGACAAAACUUUGCCCUACGAUGCCGACCUGAAGGUAUUGAACCAUGUAUGUACAAAGACACGCGAUACGUACGUGGACCUGGACGAGUUCCUCUCCGAAAAUGGCAUCCCUGUUGAUGGAGUAGCCGGUGGUGGGCAAGGAACGAUGCAGAGCGCACAGUUACACAAGAUCAACAGCACCGAAGCGGCGAGUCAUCAGGGACCAGCCGGUCUUCACCUCGAACCGGUCACCAAACGCGAAAGGUCACCCUCGCCGAGCGAAUGUUGCUCACCUGACACCUUAAACCCACCUUCACCAGCGGACUCCAAUUCGGAGGACUCGUCACGAAUACAAUAUGGCUUCUCUCUUGUAGCGCUCUCGAUGGCCUCAUCGGGCCGAGAUUUCGAUCCACGAACUCGGGCCUUUUCCGACGAGGAAUUAAAGCCACAGCCAAUGAUCAAGAAGUCACGGAAACAGUUCGUUCCGGAUGACUUGAAGGAUGACAAAUACUGGGCGCGUCGUAGGAAGAACAACAUGGCGGCGAAACGAUCACGAGACGCACGACGCAUGAAGGAGAACCAGAUAGCUCUCAGGGCCGGCUUCCUCGAGAAAGAGAAUAUGGGUCUACGACAGGAAUUGGAUCGAUUAAAGAAUGAAAAUAUGUUGCUGCGUGACAAGCUGAGCAAGUAUACGGACGUCUAACAGCCCUUUUAAAAGCACCAGCAGCAACAACAGCGGCAGGAGCAGAAGCAAAAGAAAAAGAGCAAGACCAGCAGCGGCAGCGAUAGCAGCAGCAGCAGCAGCAGCAGCAAAAGAGCAGCAGCGGCAGCAACUGCAGCAAAUGCAACAACUGCAGCAACUGCAGCAAUUGCAGACGACGACGACGACGACGAUAAGACGGACGGAGAUACAGACACGAGAGAAUUGAGCAGUGUUGUGUCAUGUACCGGCUCCUCCCUCACUUUAUAGUCGCAAAACUUAGAUUUCGCCUCCUCCAAUAGAAGAGAAGAGAUGAAAAAAAAAAGAAAAAAAAAAGAAGAAAAGAAGAAAGAAAGAAAUGAUGGAAAAUAGAAAGGAAGGAAAAAAGGAUUGGAGGGAAAGAAGGAAAGAAGGAAAGAAGGAAGGAAGGAGUAUGCCGAAGAAUAUCAGAGGAACCUUCGAAAAAAAGAAACAAGCAAAAAAAAAAGAAGAGAAAGAAAUCUAUAUGACUUGUCCCUUUUUACAAUUCCUACCCUCUCCGCCCUCCCUUCUCCAACCCCCAACAAUCCUUAAUCGCGCCAUCUUUUUUGUUCUUUUCCCUCCCUCGAAUUUUCCUUCCACGAGCAUCUCCCUCACUUGUACAUAAUUAUAUCUAUAGUUAGAUUACGUAUAUAUAUAUAUAUAAAUAUAUAUAUACAUAUAUAUAUAUAUUUAUGUAUGUAAUUAUAUAUAUAUAAAUAUAUAUACAUAUAUAUAGAAAAUGAGAGAAAAAAGCAAUGAUAUCGAUAUAUCAUAUAUUAUUAUAUUAUGAACGAUACGAACAUAGAAAUAUACAUCUGGUCAUCAGUCCUACCCCUUACCAACCCUUCUUUGCUGCCAAUUUCUCAACCCCCUCCCCUCUCCCCACUUCAUCCCAUCUUACUUUACCUAACCAUAAGCGAAUAAAUAAUGUUAUUAGUAAUCCUUAUGUUUUUAAUGAUUUAAAGAACAUUUGAUUUGAGAAAUCAAAUUUAAAUAAUUAGAACUCUUCUUUUGGUGAUACCGAAGACGAUGAUAAUAAACGAACGAAGAGGAACACGGAUAAAUUUAAUCAGAUUCGUAGAGAUCAAUAACACGUGUUUGUGUUUUAUGAGAAUUUAGAUUGUAUUAAUCCUGAUAAUUGUGUGACGAGCAUGAUGUUUCUUCUUCUUCUUUUUCUUCUUCUUCUUCUUCUUCUUCUUCUUCUUCUUCUUCGUGAUUCUUCUGUCCCUUUUUCUCACCCUCCUCUUUCCCCUCCUCUUUCUCCAUUUCCUCUUUCUCCUUCUCUUCUUCUUCUUCUUCUUCUUCUUCUUCUUUUUGUUCUAUUCCUCCUCUUCCGUGUUACCAUUACGUUAAUUAUCUACGUUGUUGUAGUUUAUUGAACUAUAAAAAGAAAAAAAGAAAACAAAAUAAAAAAAAAGCUUUUCGCGCCGUACUCUCUCCUUUCCAUCGAGAAAUAAGUGUGUGUAUCGCGUCGAAUUUUUGUACAUACAUACUUACAUACAUACAUCCAUAUAUACAUACAUACAUACAUACAUAUAUACAUACAUACAUACAUAAAUACGAGACAUACAUACAUAGAUAAUAUACAGGAUAGGGGGGAGGGGCCAAAAGUUCCUAUAAAGUGAUUUUGAAAAUCGAUUACUCUUUUUCGAAACUAUUUAGACUGAUUCCUUUUUUAUUUCUUUUUUUUUUUUUUUUUUUUCUUCGUCAGAUUGUAAAACUACGAGUGUUUAGGAACUUUUGGUCCACCUAAAAACUUUCGGCUCAAUGUAUACAUGUAUGUGUCUGUGUGUGUGCACGCGCGCACGCGUGUGUGUGUUGUUUGUUUGUAUGGGUAUAUGUGUGUAUGUGUGUGACGAAGAACGGUCAGCCUGUAUCGGUCGGCCAUAUUUCAUACUUUGUUAGAAAAUUAAACAUGAAAAGAAAAAAAUGUGGAAUAAAAGGGAGAAAAAAAUCGAACGAACGAAUUAUUCUCGCCACGAAAAAAAAAAGACAAAAAACAAAGCAAAACAAUACAAAAGAAAUAAAAAUUAAAUGAGAUUCCUCAUAUAUAUAUAUAUAUAUAUAUAUAUAUACAUAUAUAUAUAAAUAAAAUAAAUAAUUAAUCCUGGCGAUACUCUAUGUAUGUACGCGUUCGAUCAAUUGUAAAUAAAGCGAAACACAUCUCUCUCUUUGAAUAGAAAAAAGGAAAACAAAACGAAGUUCUUUUAUAAAAAAACAAACAAACAAACAAAUCAACCAAUUUUUUCUAUAAACGAUCGAUACUCGAUUAUCAAGAGUGAAAGAGAGAGAGAGAGAGAGAGAGAAAGAGGAAGAGAGAGGAUCAAGUGUGGUCGGAUCGAAAUGAUCUAGCUAGAGCGUUCUAGUCGAAGCUGAUUAUUAUAAGAAUGGAAAUAUAUUAUCGAAUAAUAUCGAUAUAUAUAUAUAUAUAUAUAUAUUGGAGAAGAAGAACGAGAUAAAAAGAAGGAGGGAGGAGGAAGAUGAUUGAAUACGGGAGAACGUCAAUGAACGAACGAAUUCAUGAAUGAACGAAUAAACGAAUGAAUGAAUGAAUGAAUGAAUGAAUGCAUGCAUGCAUGCAUGAAUGAAUGAAUGAAUGAAUGAAUGAAUGAAUGAAUGAGUGAACGUGUAAAAUGAAUGAAAACGGGAAGAAUAAUGACGAUUAUGAUAAUUAUGAUGAUUAUGAUGAUGAUGAUUAUGAAAAAAUAAAAAAAAUAAAAAAAUAAAAAGAAAACAGAAAAUAAAUAAACAAAUAAAUAAUAUAAGAAAAAUGAGAGAUACGCUAUGAAUAUGUUUCUUCAGACGUACGUAUGUACAUGUACGUAUUAAUAUAUAAAGGGAGAGAAGGGUGUAAGGAUAUGACAAAUAGAAAGAUAAUUAAUAUGGGACAAAGAUUUUCAAACGAGGAAAAAAGAAAAGAAAAGAAAA